CACCAAAGUCGCAAGAUGGGUGUCUCGAAAAGCAAAAGAAUAUUGUUUGUCUGGAAACAUUAGCGGCUGAUAAGCACGUGAUUGCUAAGUUGCCAUAGGUCCCUUUUAUAAUUAUCAAUUAGACGCGUUUGACGGCUGGCGUCUAAAUAAAAGUGAAAUUCAAGUCCAAGGUAACCACAGGUUUUUCAUUCCCGCCGCUUCUCGACUCGCCGUUCGCCGGUUCCGGAAAAGAAGAAAAAUCAAGAAAAACGUCUCGGACCAGGGAAAUUCGAAGUACGAGCAAGGCCCAGAUGCAGCAUGGAUCAAGAGACCAUUUUUGUACAAACGGACCCUUCAUUCAACGUAGUCCUUCAGUGUCUACGCGAACUAAAGAAUCAAGAGCGACUGCAGGAGACGCGCGCCCAAACAACAAGUCUUGAAAACAUAGAGAGCAACAAUGAAGCCGGGAAUUUUGGUGGACAACAAGAAGCAUCCGCCAACUCAGCAUUCGGUCGAACGGCAUCGGCAGUUGUACGUAUGUGCAUGCUAAAGGCAACCGGUGUCCCAGAGAAUUUAUGGCCGGCUUUGGGUAGCAACACUUAUCGCAGAAACACAGGAAAGCUACAUUUCCAGGUCAUACUCGAACCACUUUUUCAUCUUGCAAAUGACGCGAAUGCAGCAAGACGUUAUUGGAGCAAAUACGAUCAUAUCUACCCACACUUUCGGAUAGAGUAUGAAGUAAGACAAGUCGACUUAAAUAGGCAAGUUAGCAUGCCCAGUAUGAUGCUUAUCUUCAGGGGAAACUUCACUGAGGUUGUUGAGAUAACGACAACAUUUACUGCCACGCCAACGGGAGCGCAACAAUUCAAUAGCUACAUUCAUGUCACCUGCAUCGUGCGUGAAAUUACUUGGGAGUCUUCUGCGGCAGAACAUCCAGAUGGAGAAUGCACCAAGCUGCUGAAAAAGUUGAUAAAGCCCGUACAGAUCAGCGACGAGCAUUUUACGAAAAUGACAGAAGUCAAGAAAGGAGAUGAUUUAGACGGUUUACUUGAUGAUUUACCCACAUUUAACCUCAAGGACGAGGCCGAGUAACUCGAGAAUCACGGAGGUCUUAAUCUGUUCCCUGUUGAUAUUAAAACUGAUGAUAAAUGUUAGUUCUUAGAAAGACUUAUACACCGCUUCAAGGAAACUUGUACGCUUUCUUAAUUUUUUGUUGUUUGUAAGAGAAUUGAGCACCGUUUAAGCGACAUUUAUUUUUAGUUCGCCGAGUGACAAGUUAAUUUUGGGGUACUACUCUGUGGCUAACUGACCUGAGUUUCGGAUUUUUCCAUCCGUCAUAGAAGGGUUCGUCCGUCAUAGGAAGUAGGUAAGACUUAAAGUAUUAUAAUUCAGCUUCAGUUUAUAUCCCGACUGAAUCUAAUGAAUCGUUGUAUCUGUUAUAUUUCAGGAAAGGAAAAUAUGUAUUGCUUUUCUUUGUAGAUCGAAUAAAAUUCAAAAUUAGAUGGUAAGCCGGGGAUCCAAACAUUUGUAGCCGUUUUCCCUGAACUAGUUAUUUUCAAUAAGUUGAAUUGUUGUUUUCUUCGCGCUGCCUUAGACAUAGAUGAUCCUACUAAGAUUUUUAAAGAGUCUCAAACUGCACGAUAUGGUUUCUAAACAUAUUGGGCACAACAUUGAUUAUUGAGGCUAUCUGUGCAGUUACAAUAUAUAAAAAAUCUAUAUCCCUGGUGAAGAAAACUAAAAUGUCCAUUUUUGUAAGCGUUUAAAAAGACAAAUUAUUUUAUCAUAUAUCGGGGAUACAGAAAUGACUGAAGGAAUAACUUGACUUUAUUCAAAACAACUCAGCCCUCCAUUUCAAAGCUAAAUUUUGCCUGAAAAAUAUGCAAAUCUUUUGACAAGCCAUCCGUGGACAAUGUGAACUCCUACGGUGGCAUUCUUUUAACCCGUUACGCACUCCUCCCCUCCUUGUAAGAAGGCUCGUACAACCCAUAGGCUUUCUGUCUUAUGCUAUUAGGAAUUUUCGUAUAUCAGAAUCAAGUCAUCUUAUGUACUUGACUCGAAACUUUUAAGAUACUGUUUCAACUGAGUUACACUAGAUCACUGACUGGCAAACUGUCGGUGUUUUUCCAGUCGAUUUGACAGGCAUUUUUACGACAUUUUUCGACUUUCAAAUGUUGGUAAAAGGAACGGAUCACAAGGGGCAGUUUAUUGGGAUCGAGAUUCAUCGCGGUGGUUACUCUUAAGUGACAUUAUGCCUUUUUGUCUUGGCUUAUCAUGGGAAGGAACAGAAAGUGCUCACUACAGGGUGCAGCUAGAACACAUGAGAACAGCUGCAGUUUAGAACAUAGGCCUAAUGGAACGGGAGCCUUGAAGAUGACGCAUUUAACUUCAAAAGACUUUUACUUCAAGUCUCAUCAAGGGCAGCUGGAGCUCAUGCUAUGAGAGAAGCGUGUAUGAAAUCGGCAAAAUAGAAGAUCAGUUUAAAGAAGCAUGAAAGGUUAUAGAAUAGACCGAUAUUCCGUGUUCCUUUCAUUAUUGUUCUUCUUGUUUCCACGGGUUUUGAGGUCUGUUGUAGGCCUCGCACCCAAUUAUUUGUCCUCGAAAUUCAUUCAGCGGAGUGAUGUGAUUACUUCUUACAAUUUGCACAAUUCUAAUAGCAAGCUUGCUAUUCCCUUGCCACGUACUAACCAUUACAAAAAUAGCCUUGGCUAUAGUGGUGCAGUCCUCUGGAACAGUCUACCCUCAGCUGCUAGGCAAGCAACAUCUCUGACUAAUUUCCGACGAUUGUUAAUUAAUUCCGACACGGCAUUCAUGUAAAACAGGCUUUAAUUUAGUUCACUUUUCUUUAAUAGUUAGCAAUAUUUUAAAUUAUAGAAGAUUAAUCUGUAU